AUGUCGGACUGGAAAAAGAUCGUUCUAGCAAUCGCUAUACCCGAAACCGUUGGCUUUUUAGGGUCUUAUUUUACCAAGAAGUCCAUUAAUACUUGGUACAAGCAUAUUCGUAAGCCAUCUUUUACACCGCCCAAUUGGAUAUUUGGACCUAUGUGGACACUGUUAUAUGCUGGCAUGGGUUAUGCAUCCUACCUAGUUUGGCGUGAUGGUGGUGGCUUCGAGGGACCAGCGUUAAAAGCCCUACAGGCUUAUGAACUUAAUCUUGUAUUCAACGGCAUCUGGACACCAUUAUUUUUUGGAGCUAAGAGAAUGGGACUUGCUGGCAUUGAUAUUGUAGCUACGUGGGCAUCGAUUGUAUACUGCAUCCAUUUAUUUACUCCAAUUAAUGCAACCGCUGGAAAACUAAUGUGGCCUUACCUUGGUUGGGUUUCCUUUGCUAGCCUACUAAACUUUUCUAUGUGGUACUUGAAUCGAAACACUCCAUCAAUCAAGGAAGACUAGACAGUAGACUGUUAAUUUUCUCAAAUUACACAUGCACUAUUUUUGUUCUCUGUUAGACAGUAGUACAUUAAAUCUUUAUUGGGUGUAUAGUGGUUUAGCUUUAUACGUAUAGUAUAGUACCGUAAUGAAUAUAGUGAGAAAGUCAUGUUGUGAUCAUGUUUUGCAAUUUCUCAUUAUGUUUGUCACUUAACAGUUUUAAUAUCAGCAAGAUGUUGCUAGUAA